CAUCAAGCAGUGAAGAUUCUGCAGAUGACUCUUCCAGUGAAACCAAGAAGAAAAAACAUAGAGAUGAAGACUGGCAAAUGUCUGGGACAGGGUCAGUAUCAGGAACUGGUUCUGAUUCUGAAUCAGAGGAAGAUAGAGAGAAAAGCAGUUGUGAAGAUAGUGAAUCUGACUAUGAGCCAAAAAACAAGGUCAAAAGCCGGAAACCUCCAAGCAGAAUUGAACCAAAAAGCAGCAAAAAGAUUGCAGGACAGAAAAAGAGGCAGCUUGAUUCAUCGGAUGAUGAUGACCUUGACAAGAGAGGAUCUCGUCGCCAGGCAACAGUCAAUAUUAGUUACAAAGAAGCUGAAGAAACCAAGACAGAUUCUGAUGAUUUGUUGGAAGUUUGUGGAGAAGAUGUCCCGCAGCCUGAAGAAGAUGAAUUUGAAACUAUAGAGAAGUUUAUGGAUAGUCGAAUUGGCCGAAAAGGAGCCACUGGUGCUGCAACCACCAUCUAUGCAGUUGAGGCAGAUGGUGACCCAAAUACUGGGUUUGAAAAGUCAAAGGAGCUAGGAGAAGUACAGUAUCUUAUUAAGUGGAAAGGCUGGUCACACAUCCAUAAUACUUGGGAAACUGAGGAAACACUGAAGCAACAAAAUGUUAAAGGAAUGAAGAAACUGGACAACUAUAAGAAAAAGGAUCAGGAAACAAAACGCUGGCUGAAAAAUGCUUCUCCAGAAGACGUGGAAUAUUAUAACUGCCAGCAGGAACUUACAGAUGAUCUACAUAAGCAGUAUCAAAUAGUGGAAAGGAUAAUUGCUCAUUCAAAUCAAAAAUCAGCAGCUGGUUAUCCAGAUUACUAUUGCAAAUGGCAGGGUCUGCCUUACUCAGAAUGUAGCUGGGAAGAUGGUGCUCUCAUUGCCAAAAAAUUUCAGACGUGUAUUGAUGAGUAUUUUAGCAGAAAUCAAUCCAAGACCACUCCGUUUAAGGACUGCAAGAUUCUAAAACAGAGGCCAAGGUUUGUUGCGCUAAAGAAGCAACCACCUUAUAUUGGCGGACAUGAGAAUUUAGAAUUAAGAGAUUAUCAGUUAAAUGGACUGAACUGGCUUGCUCACUCAUGGUGCAAAGGGAAUAGUUGUAUUCUUGCAGAUGAAAUGGGUCUGGGUAAAACAAUACAAACAAUUUCUUUUCUGAACUACCUGUUUCAUGAACAUCAACUGUAUGGGCCUUUCUUGCUAGUCGUGCCACUUUCUACGUUGACAUCUUGGCAAAGAGAGAUUCAAACUUGGGCUCCUCAGAUGAAUGCUGUGGUUUACUUAGGAGAUAUAAUUAGCAGAAAUAUGAUAAGAACUCAUGAAUGGAUGCAUCCACAGACCAAGCGAUUAAAAUUUAAUAUACUUCUAACAACUUAUGAAAUUUUACUGAAGGAUAAGUCAUUCCUUGGUGGUCUGAAUUGGGUAUUUAUAGGAGUUGAUGAAGCUCAUCGUUUAAAAAAUGAUGAUUCCCUUCUCUACAAGACUUUAAUAGACUUUAAGUCUAAUCAUCGUCUUCUUAUUACUGGAACCCCUCUGCAAAACUCCCUCAAAGAGCUUUGGUCUUUGCUGCACUUCAUCAUGCCAGAAAAAUUUUCUUCCUGGGAAGAUUUUGAAGAGGAGCAUGGCAAAGGGAGAGAGUUUGGUUAUGCAAGUCUUCACAAGGAACUUGAACCGUUUCUACUCAGAAGAGUUAAAAAAGAUGUAGAAAAGUCUUUACCUGCUAAGGUUGAACAAAUUUUGAGGAUGGAAAUGAGUGCAUUGCAGAAGCAAUAUUACAAGUGGAUUUUAACCAGGAAUUAUAAAGCCCUGAGUAAAGGUUCAAAAGGCAGUACCUCAGGCUUUUUGAACAUAAUGAUGGAACUCAAGAAGUGUUGUAACCAUUGCUACCUCAUUAAACCACCGGCCAAUAAUGAAUUCUAUAAUAAACAGGAGGCCUUACAGCAUUUAAUACGUAGCAGUGGGAAACUAAUCCUUCUUGACAAGCUACUGAUUCGUCUACGAGAACGUGGCAACAGAGUACUAAUUUUCUCUCAGAUGGUGAGGAUGCUAGACAUCCUAGCAGAGUAUUUGAAAUAUCGUCAGUUUCCUUUUCAGAGGCUUGAUGGAUCAAUAAAAGGGGAAUUGAGGAAACAAGCCCUGGAUCAUUUUAAUGCAGAAGGAUCAGAGGACUUUUGCUUUUUGCUGUCUACCAGAGCUGGAGGAUUAGGUAUAAACUUGGCAUCUGCUGACACUGUAGUUAUAUUUGAUUCUGACUGGAAUCCACAGAAUGAUCUGCAAGCGCAGGCUAGAGCUCAUAGGAUUGGACAGAAGAAACAGGUUAAUAUUUAUCGGCUAGUCACAAAAGGAUCAGUAGAAGAAGAUAUUCUUGAAAGAGCCAAGAAAAAGAUGGUGUUAGAUCAUUUAGUAAUUCAGAGAAUGGAUACUACAGGGAAAACUGUACUACAUACAGGCUCUACUCCUUCCAGCUCAACACCUUUUAAUAAGGAAGAGUUAUCUGCAAUUUUGAAGUUUGGUGCUGAGGAGCUUUUUAAAGAACCUGAAGGGGAAGAAGAGGAGCCUCAGGAAAUGGAUAUAGAUGAAAUCCUGAAGAGGGCUGAAACUCGAGAAAAUGAGCCAGGCCCACUAACUGUAGGAGAUGAGUUGCUUUCACAGUUCAAGGUGGCUAACUUUUCCAAUAUGGAUGAAGAUGACAUUGAGCUGGAACCAGAACAAAAUUUAAGAAACUGGGAGGAAAUAAUUCCAGAAGUCCAGCGGCGACAAAUAGAAGAGGAAGAAAGACAAAAAGAGCUUGAAGAAAUAUAUAUGCUCCCAAGGAUGAGAAACUGUGCAAAACAGAUCAGCUUUAAUGGAAGUGAAGGGAAACGUAGUAGGACCAGAAGAUAUUCUGGAUCUGAUAGCGACUCCAUCUCGGAAAGAAAACGACCAAAAAAACGUGGACGACCACGAACUAUUCCUCGAGAAAAUAUUAAAGGAUUUAGCGAUGCAGAGAUUAGGCGGUUUAUCAAGAGUUACAAGAAAUUUGGUGGCCCACUUGAAAGGUUAGAUGCUAUAGCUAGAGAUGCUGAGCUAGUUGAUAAAUCUGAGAUGGACCUUAGACGUCUGGGAGAACUUGUACAUAAUGGAUGCAUUAAGGCUUUAAAGGACAAUUCCUUUGGACAAGAAAGAGCAGGAGGUAGACUUGGGAAAGUUAAAGGCCCAACAUUCCGAAUAUCAGGAGUGCAGGUGAAUGCAAAGCUGGUAAUCUCUCAUGAAGAAGAGUUGGCACCAUUGCACAAAUCCAUUCCUUCAGAUCCAGAAGAAAGGAAAAGAUAUGUCAUCCCAUGCCAUACCAAGGCAGCUCAUUUUGAUAUAGAUUGGGGUAAGGAAGAUGAUUCCAACCUGUUAAUAGGUAUCUAUGAAUAUGGCUAUGGCAGCUGGGAAAUGAUAAAAAUGGAUCCUGAUCUCAGUUUGACACAGAAGAUUUUACCUGAUGAUCCAGAUAAGAAACCCCAGGCCAAGCAGUUACAGACCCGUGCAGAUUACCUCAUUAAAUUACUGAAUAAAGACCUUGCAAGAAAAGAAGUGCAAAGACUUACUGGUGCGGGCAAUUCAAAGAGGAGGAAAACAAAAACUAAGAAGAAUAGAGCAACGAAGGCUGCAAAAAUUAAAGAAAUAGAAAUUGACUCCUCAUCACCACCCUCUGAAAAAUCUGAUGAAGAUGAUGAGGUUAAUGAGGAUGAGAUUGUUUCAGUGAAACAUCCACAUAAAAAAAUAAAAGCAGAAAAAGAAAAUGAAGAAAAGCCCAAGCCAGAUAUUGGUAUAAAGAAAGAAGCUGAAGAAAAAAGAGAGACAAAAGAAAAAGAAAAUAAGAGAGAUUUGAAAAGAGAGAAAAAAGAAAAAGAGGUUAAAAAAGAAUUUAAAAAUAUGAAAGAAAAGAGAGAAAACAAAGUAAAAGAAUGCACACAGAAAGAAGUAAAGGAAGAAAAGGUAAAUGAAAUCAAAUCUGAAAAUAAAGAAAAAAAUAAAAAAGUUUCAUUGUUGGAUAUUCCAGUUCAUAUUACUGCAACUAGUGAACCAAUUCCUAUAUCUGAAGAAUCUGAAGAACUUGAUCAGAAGACAUUCAGUGUGUGCAAAGAAAGAAUGAGGCCUGUCAAAGCAGCAUUGAAACAACUGGAUAGACCAGAGAAAGGGCUUUCUGAAAGGGAACAGCUGGAGCAUACUAGACAGUGCCUAAUCAAAAUUGGGGACCAUAUUACUGAAUGUCUAAAGGAGUACACAAAUCCUGAACAAAUUAAACAGUGGAGAAAAAACUUGUGGAUUUUUGUCUCUAAGUUUACAGAAUUUGAUGCCAGAAAGCUGCACAAGCUGUAUAAACAUGCAAUCAAAAAACGCCAAGAAUCUCAGCAACACAGUGACCAGAAUGUUAGCAGCAAUGUGAAUACGUAUGUAAUUAGAAAUCCAGAUAUUGAAAGACUGAAAGAGAAUACAAACCAUGAUGACAGUAGCAGGGACAGUUAUUCUUCUGAUAGACAUUUGUCACAAUACCAUGAUCAUCAUAAGGACAGACAUCAGGGAGAUGCUUAUAAGAAAAGUGACUCUAGGAAAAGGUCCUAUUCAGCCUUCAGCAAUGGAAAAGACCACAGAGACUGGGAACACUAUAAACAAGACAGCAGACGAUGGAAUGCAGAGGGGAAUGAAGUUUGAUGGUAGAUGUGUUCUCCAUGACUUAUGAGUUUGACUGUUAUGGGAUUCUCCUAAAUAGUAAGAUAUGCACCAUAUCCUCUGCAAGUAAGUAAUUUAUAAUUCAUUUUCCAAGCAUGCAGAUUUGAUCUUUAUUUUGUUCUUUUAUAAUGGUAAAUUGUUGAGGAGUGUGUCCAGUUCUGAAGUAUCCAUUUGACAACAAGCCUCUUCUUUCCUAUCUUAGUGUUCUCUACAAGAGAUUUUCAGAAGUAAGAAUUGUGGUGGCUCCAAGAGUACUCUGAUAAAGAUUCAGUUGAUUCAUCUACCAUGCAUAGAAUCGUAGAAUCAUUCAGGUUGGAAAAGACUCUCAAGAUAGAGUCCAACUGUUAACCUAACACUACCAAGUCUACCACUCAGUCCUGUCCCUAAGCACCAUGUCUACGCAUCUUUUAAAUGCAUCCAGGAAUGGUGACUCAACCAUUUCCCUGGGCAGCGUGUUCCAAUGCUUGACAACCCUUUUUUUCCUAAUAUCCAAUCUAAACCUCCCCUAGUGCAACUUGAGGCUGCUUCCUCUCAUCCUCUCACUUGUUACUUGGCAGAAGAGACCAAACACCUCCUCGCUACAACCUCCCUUCAGGUAAUUGUAGAGAGCGAUAAAGCCUUUUCUCCAGGCUAAACAACCUGGGGUUCAUCACCCGGUGUGCUUGGAGCCAAUCAAGCACACAGAGCUGAGAUAUUGUUUUAUUCCAGUGUUGCGCAAGUUUGGGUGCUAGGUGAUAAUUCCACAAAGCUACACUUCAACUUCUGUAAUACCAAGUAUUAGUGGAAUCAUUAUAGAUACUCUGACACCACUGGCUCUGAUCCAGAGAAUGAACCUUCUGAUAAGGAUCAGCAUACAUAGACUACAAAAGUCUGUUUUUGUUUGUUUGCUUGUUUUCCUUUUCAGAAGUAAUAAUAAAAGGAAACCAUACACAAAACAGCAACAAAACAAUCACAAAGAGUGACAAACUUGAGUAAACUGGAAAGAAAAAGGACCUUUUUGAAUGACAGAAGGACAUAAUGUCAGAUUAGCAAUUACAGGAACAAUUAUUUUCCUGCUAAAGAAACAAAACAUGCUUAUUAAAUUCAGAAACACCAUGCUAGAAUAAAGACAAACAAUGAUUGGAGGGACAGCAUUGUCAAGUGCUGGAAUAGUAACAGGAACGUUGCAUUGCUGUUUGUCAUCUGGUAUCAGAAGUAGGACUUCUUGCUGAGGCCUAGUUGCCUCCACCAUCCAGUAGGAUACUGUAAAAGAAAAGAAAAGAGAAAACUGCCUCAGCAGGGAAAGGCUGAACAUGUUACCCCAUUUUAAAAGAAGGAAAAAUCCAUUGUGAACUGAUUGUAUAUUUCGUAUGUAUUAUCACUUUGCAUAUAGUCUGGGGUAAGAAGAGUAGAAAACCAGAGGCGAAGUCCUGCAAUAGCAGUUUUUCAGUAUGCCUGUUUUUAAGGCAGUUAGUAAUCCAGAAAUAAAUGUCAGGUCCUGCUUUAUCAGACCACUGACAGGUCAUAAAACACUGAAUGAGAAGGCCUAAAGUUUGCCUGGUGUUUACAGUUGUGUUUUUUUUUCUCUCUUCAAGGGAACCUAGGUUUCUCCAGUCCCCCCUAGGAUGUUUUCAGUUUCUCUCUUUUUGUUUUUUCCUUGCUGCCUGUUCUAUUGCAGCCACUGUUUCUGCUAUGCGAGCUGCCGGCUGAUUCUGUAACAAUGUAUGGGGGAGUUCCAAGGAUAGUGCCUUUCUCCCAAGCUCAUGCUGUUGCUGUGCUGUGCAGGGAGACUCGUAUUUCUUUUGGUCUCUUAUCACACAAGUUUGCACCUGGUGUCCGAAGGAUUUUUGCGCUUCGUGUUUUAAAACUUUGUCUGGUGGUUUAGCUUGCUUGUUAGAAUCUGACCAGUCUGUAUCUCUUGCAUGAGUCACUGUAUCAUGUAAAAUUUCUGCCCGUGUAGGAAUCAGCUGUCUCUGCUGGCUGGCUUGUAACCCCUGAUUGUAAAGCCUAUCGGCUCCAAUGGUGUCUUUGCGCUUCCCUAAAUAGCUUUUUAGGUCUGCCGGAGCACCCCUGAAAAGAGGCUUUAUCGUAUCAGGGUUCACCUUGGUAGUGAUUGGGGUGUCUGUCAGCGUGAUCGUACAUUGUCUGUACACAGCCUGCUUUUGUAAUAGCAGUUAACAGACCAUCAAGUGAAUUAGUAGGUAUAAUAGUUGAUUCUCCCCUAUCCUGUGGAUCUGUUCCUCCAGCCCAACAUGCAACUCGGCUGGUAAUAGAAUGAAGACAGUUAUCAGGGGGAGGGCCAAGAUUUAGCUGGACUUCCGGAGCCCAAUUUCCACCAGCUUCAUUGUUAUCUAGCAUUACUGGUUCUCCGGAGAGACACACCCUCCAUAAAUACUGAGUUGCUGUUUCUCCCGGUGGCUACGAGUAUUUAUCCUGUAAUGUUGCCAUCUGCCGAGGAUCCCAAGGAGAACUCUUAGUUGCAGUUCUCCUUUGGCCUCUCUGCGGCCCCUCGAUACCUCAGUUUUAAUUACAGGUCUCAUUUUUAGUUCUGAUUCCUCCCCCUCUUUGGGGUCCAACAAUUCCGUUAUUACAGGGGCAGAGGCAGCGGUAGCGGCAACCGGCUGUAGAGGAGUAGCAAGAUGUAGACAUAUCAAGAGUAGCAAGUAGUAGACAUAUCAAGGACAUGGGGGUCAUCAAGAGCAGUCAACAUGGUUUUACCAAGGGGAAGUCAUGUUUGACUAACCUCAUAGCCUUCUAUGAGGAAAUUACUAGGUGGAUAGAUGAUGGUAGAGCGGUAGAUGUGGUCUAUCUUGAUUUCAGUAAAGCAUUUGACACCAUCUCCCACAGCAUCCUUGUAGAUAAGUUGAUCAAGUAUGGGUUUGAUGAUCAGGCAGUGAGGUGGAUCAAGAACUGGUUGAAAGGUAGAAGUCAGAGAGUUGUAGUCAAUGGGGCAGAAUCUAGUUGGAGGCCUGUGACUAGUGGAGUCCCCCAGGGGUCAGUACUGGGACCGGUGUUGUUCAACAUCUUCAUCAACGACCUGGAUGAGGGUACAGAAUGUACCCUCAGCAAGUUUGCUGAUGACACCAAGCUGGGAGGAGUGGCUGACACCAGAAGGCUGUGCUGCCAUUCAGAGAGACCUAGACAGGCUGGAGACUUGGGCGGGGAAAAACCUGAUGAAGUUCAACAAGGGCAAGUGUAGAGUUUUGCAUUUGGGGAAGAAAAAUGCCAUGUACCAGUACAGGUUGGGGGCUGACCUGCUGGAGAGCAGUGUAGGAGAAAGGGACCUGGGGGUCCUAGUAGACAGGAGGAUGACCAUGAGCCAGCAGUGUGCCCUUGUGGCUAAGAAGGCCAAUGGCAUCCUGGGGUGCAUUAGAAAGGGUGUGGUUAGUAGGUCAAGGGAGGUUCUCCUCCCCCUCUAUUCUGCCUUGGUGAGGCCGCAUCUGGAGUAUUGUGUCCAGUUCUGGGCCACUCAGUUCAAGAAGGACAGGGAACUGCUGGAAAGAGUCCAGCGCAGAGCUACAAAGAUGAUUAAGGGAAUGGGACAUCUCCCUUAUGAGGAAAGGCUGAGAGAGCUGGGUCUCUUUAGUUUGGAGAAAAGGAGACUGAGGGGGGACCUCAUCAAUGUUUACAAAUACGUAAAGGGUGAGUGUCAAGAAGAUGGAGUUAAGCUUUUUUCAGUGAUGACCAGUGAUAGGACAAGGAGUAAUGGAUACAAAUUGGAGCAUAGGAGGUUUAAGGUGAAUAUCAGAAAAAAAUUUUUUACUGUGAGAGUGACAGAGCACUGGAACAGGCUGCCCAGAGAGGUUCUGGAGUCUCCUUCGCUGGAGACAUUCAAAACCCGCCUGGACGCCUUCCUGUGUGAUGUACUCUAGGUGACCCUGCUCUGGCAGGGGGGUUGGACUAGAUGAUCUUUCGAGGUCCCUUCCAACCCCUAGGAUUCUAUGAUUCUAUGAUUCUAUCGGCGCCUGCGGCGGGGGCAGCAUUGACGCUUCCCGCGGCAGGAACGGUGCCUGUAACCUGAGAAGCAGCAGCUGCCGGAGGAGAGAGGGGGGCAGCGGUCCCGGUAAAAGCAGCCUCUAACCGCGUUUGCUGUAACAGCAGCGGCAUACGGCUCUUGCUGUUCGGAGAGAGGAGGGGGGUCGGGACAGACCUCAUCCUCAAAAUCUUCCUCCUCACAAUCUAAGCUUUUCCAGAUUUCACCGUCCCAUUCCUCUGGUGAUGUUAUUAAUUUUCGGACUUGUCUAAUAUCUAUAGGAUUAGGGAAUUUCAGCAUCAACAAAUCCAUAUUGUCCUCCAGUCGUUUGUACGGAUCUGAGGAAAACCAGAUGGCCUCCCUUGGUAAAAAAGGACUAACACAUAAGGAGUAAACAGGAUGGCAUUGCUUAGCAUCGAUAAGGCUUGGAAUGUAUAGAUAAGGCUUAGAAUGUAUAGAUAAGGUUUGGAUUGUGAAGGAGGGUGUUGUGUAAGAGGAUGUUCCCCCAGAAACUUGCUGAGAAAGCAAGCACGUGGUGCAGAUCCCAGAAAGGAAUGCCGAGAGGUGAAAAGUGCACAGUGAGGAAGACAUACAGCCUUCAUCCCAGAGACCCCUGCCCGCAACCACCAGAAGACACUGCGCAGGUGCAACAAGGAGGAGCUCGGGGGGGGGGGGGGGCAACUAUGAUAAUGAUUUCCGGGAACUAAUUGUAAUAACCCCUCCCUAUCCUCGGGCACCUAAUGUAUAUGCAACAACAUGGAUGAAUAUGUAUUACUUUGUGUCAUAUAAUGAGCUUGCCAACAGCUCUAGGGUGUGCACGCUUGUGGAGGAGCGAUCCCCCGUGCACCCAGCGCUGAAUAAACAUACCUUCUUUAUAACCUUA